GUGGGUGCAACGACGACACUUGACUUGAAUUCUGGAUUCGAACAAGUUUAUCGGUUGGUAGAGUAGUGGACGUCAGGAAGCGUCAUUUCAUUGUUAUGGCUGAGUAUCAACCUGUAAUCGAGUCUGUUACCACUCCUUCUAUCCGAGCUGCUUGCCCGGGAAAACACCAGUUCGCUACUUCUGACAGCAAAUGAUUGAUAGCCCCGCCAGCGUAUGGACGACCAGACCAAUGGCAGUUCGUGUGUACAUCAUCGAUACCCGCAACAGAUUAUAAAUUUCUUUAUCGUUAUUGGUCUGUUCUAUCUGAGAUGGAAGAAGCCAGAUGCUGUUCGGCCAUUCAAAGUAUGGUGGCCUCUCGCUGUAUUCUUCUUGGCUGCUGCUGCCUUCCCCAAUGGCGUCGGGGACACCCCACCACUACCAUACUACCUGUACUGCCUCAUUGGAAUCGCCGUCAUGCUCGCAGGCGUGCUGUACUGGGCUGCGUGGCGAAUCAUGUUGCCCAAGGUAUUUGGCUAUGAACUUGUGCUGAGGAAAGAGAGGUUGGACGACGGGACUGUUGCCACUACCAUUCGAGCAGAAAAUGUCAUGGGAGGCCAGAAUUCCAACGGAAUUGGUGACUGGCGAGAUCUCCAGAAUGCAGAUGUUGUUGGCAAGAACUUCAGAAGAGUCACGGUACUGAGCGGGAACUGAUGGAGGAUCUGCUCUAGUACUAUACUUACGUCCCGCAUACAUAAACUCUCAUCAACUACGUAUUACACGAGCACAACCCCAACAACAUCGCAUUAAAUUGAUCCAAAGACCAACCUAUUAGAACUU